UUUUUUUUUGAAAGAAUGUUAAAUUCAUAUUCAAAAAAGCCUUUUACAUCAAGUGUGAACCUUUGUACAUAUGACUACUCUAAAGGUCACUUUGGAUCACUGUAAACUAUAAGAAGAUUCAUAUUCUUGUAGCAAACCAAAAUUGCAUUAUACCCUCCAAUUUCUUCCCACCUUUCCCUCUCAUUAGGCUAAAUUUAUUCCUUACUCCUUUCUCAAUCAACUUCUUCAAACUCAAUAAAGGGAUGGCCUUCUCCCCAUGUCUAAUCUUAUUUCUCUCCCGCCAACAAUGUAUGAAUGGAAGCUUGUAAGGAGUACCUGAUGCAGAACUGAGCUUUAUUCUCCAUGUUUCGAGCAGUAAUCAGCCUCACAAUAUCAUCCCAUUGGACAGUAUAGUCAGAACAUAGAAUCCCUUUUACUAGAUGUUCCCAGAUCUGUGAAGUGAAAGAACAUUCAAAAAAGAGAUGAUUCCUUGACUCAUCCAAGCUCCUACAUAAAACACACAUCUGAUCCACUCCCCUGCUCCAUCUUGAUAUUCUAUCCAUAGUAGUCAGUCUGUCUUGUAUAGCCAGCCAAGUCAGAAACGCAAACUUUGGUGUUGCUUGUGAGAACCAAACUCCCGGAGCCCAUGAGCACUGCAACCCGUCUUCUCUUAGCAACAACCAAGUUUCUUGGGUAGAAAACUUGUCUUUAUACCCCGACUUCAUCCUCCACAUGCUAACAUCCUCUUCUUCAUUCAGCUUAUCUCUUAACUCCAAUAAUUCAGUUUCAAUAUUAUUCAAAAUCACCAUUCUAUGCCUUCUUCUUCUCCUACUACUUUUCACUGCAUCCUCCACCGUAGCUUCUCUUUUAAUCCCCAAAUCGAUGAAUCCCCGCUCUCCCAAGAUAUCAAACAAAACGCCCUUGUCUGACCAUUUAUCAAACCAAAAAGAGGUUUUACAGCCAUUUCCCACUUCUCUUCUAUAGAAGCCCUUUGCAACUUGUCUAUCUCAUGUUGCUCCCCAGUGUCUAAAAUGGGGGGUACUAGUGCGAGUGACCUCAAACCCGUCGUGGAAAGGUGGCCAGAGUACAUACCGCACAAGCUUCCCGACAAGAAUUACGUGCGUGUAUUCGACACGACGCUCCGUGACGGUGAACAAGCUCCAGGUGGAGCUCUUACUCCACCGCAGAAGCUUGAGAUUGCUAGACAGCUCGCAAAACUCCGAGUAGACAUCAUGGAAGUUGGUUUUCCGGUGUCCUCUGAGGAAGAGUUCGAAACAGUCAAAACCAUCGCCAAGACCGUGGGAAACGAGGUGGAUGAAGCAACAGGUUACGUCCCAGUGAUAUGCGCCAUCGCACGUAGCAAACCAGAAGACAUUGAGGCGGCCUGGGAGGCGGUGAAAUACGCGAAAAGACCUAAGAUACUCAUAUUCACAUCUACUAGUGACAUUCACAUGAAAUACAAGUUGAAAAAGACUAAAGAAGAAGUCAUCGAAAUGGCCGCGAGUAGUGUUAAGUUUGCUAAAAGCUUAGGCUUCGUUGACGUCCAACUUGGUUGCGAAGAUGGCGGCAGGUCGGAGAAGGAGUUUCUAUGCAAGAUUCUAGGAGAAUCGAUAAAAGCUGGUGCAACCACUGUGAACGUCGCGGACACUGUAGGAAUCAACAUGCCAGACGAAUACGGAGAACUCGUGAGCUACCUCAAAGCAAAUACUCCUGGAAUUGAUGAUGUUAUCUUCAGUGUUCAUUGUCACAACGACCUUGGUGUUGCCACCGCCAACACAAUUGCCGGUGUAUGUGCGGGAGCACGACAAGUCGAAGUAACAGUUAAUGGAAUAGGCGAAAGAAGUGGGAAUGCACCGCUUGAAGAGGUCGUGAUGGCUUUGAAAUGUCGAGGAGAAUAUCUGAUGGAUGGUGUCUACACAAGAAUAGACACACGCCAAAUUAUGGCUACUAGCCAAAUGGUUCAAGAAUAUACCGGCUUGUAUGUUCAACCACAUAAGCCCAUAGUUGGAGCCAACUGUUUUGUUCAUGAGAGCGGCAUUCACCAGGAUGGAAUCUUGAAAAAUCGGAGUACAUAUGAGAUCUUAUCGCCAGAAGAUGUUGGGGUUGUAAAAUCUCAAAGUGCCAGCAUUGUUCUUGGAAAGCUUAGCGGACGUCAUGCUGUGAAAGAUCGGCUGAAAGAGUUGGGAUACGAGCUCGAUGAUGAGAAAUUGAACGACAUCUUCUCAAGGUUCAGGGACUUAACCAAGCAUAAAAAGAGAAUCACGGAUGAUGAUCUGAAGGCGUUAGUAACGUGUCGUGAUGAGGUCUCAUCACUAAACGGCACUACCGGUGAAGAGACUAACGGCUAUGUACCAAUCUCACAGAUUUCUUCUGUGGUAUAAAAUCUGUGAAACGUUUUGUUUGAGUACCACUUGUAAUAUCAAGGUUCCAUUUGAUAUGAAUCGGUUGUUUUAAUGAAUAAAAACAGUAUGAAGUUAAAAAA